UUGUAAUUCUUUCUGCUCCACCUCCGGUAUUCUUUUCCUCUUUCCCCUUCAACAAGAAAGCAAAUUCGAGGAACUUUUUUCCUCACUUCAAUUCCACUCCAGGUACUCCAUCCAUCCACUUAUAAGAAUCAAUUUCCGCCCUAAAGUCGCUGCAGCAGCCAGCGUCUUCAAAGGGUUUUUUAUUACUCGGAAUUCGCCUUCAGAGAGCACGCUUUAGUUCUUCAAGAUGAUGCUCAGAGUCCGAAGCCGCGACGGCUUGGAGCGAGUCUCAAUCGAGAGCCCACAGAUCACUGUCUCGCAACUCAAAACCAUAAUCCAAUCUCAGCUUCGAAUUCCCAUUGACAAUCAAACCCUCUCAACCAACCAAAACCUCCUCUUGGCCAAAACCCCGGCCGAUCUUCUCAAAUUCACCGACAUGGCGAGCCCUAGCACGCCUCUCUCCGCGCUCAAUCUAUCCCAUGGCUCCAUCGUCUUCCUCGCCUACGAGGGCGAGCGCACCGUCUCCGGACCGGUCUUCAACCCCGCCGGAUCGUUCGGUCGCAAGAUGACCAUGGACGACCUCAUCGCCAAGCAGAUGCGCGUCACACGCCAGGAGAACCCGCAUUGCGAGCUCGUCUCGUUCGACCGCGACUGCGCCAACGCGUUCCAGAACUACGUGAACGAGACGCUCGCGUUCGCCGUGAAGAGGGCCGGGUUCAUGUUCGGCACCGUUUCGGAGGUGGGCAAGGUCGAGGUGGACUUCAUCUACGAGCCGCCACAGCAAGGGACUGAAGAGAAUUUGGUGAUGCUGAGAGACCCAGAUGAGGAAAAGCUCGUGGAAGCGAUCGCGAUGGGGUUGGGGAUGAGGAGGGUCGGGUUCAUAUUCACGCAGACGAUCAGUCAGGACAAGAAGGACUACACUUUGUCGAACCGAGAGGUGCUUCAGGCGGCGGAGUUUCACGCGGAGAGCGGCUUGAAGGAGUGGGUUACGGCCGUGGUGAAGCUGGAGGUGAACGAGGACGGUGGGGCUGAUGUGCACUUCGAGGCGUUUCAGAUGAGCGAUGUGUGUGUUAGGUUGUUCAAGGAAGGGUGGUUCGUGACAGAGAUUGCUGAGGACGCCGAUCCCAAGCUGUCGAUGAUGAAGAAGGAUGUGAUGGUUGGGGUGAAGGAUACUAGGGAGGUUGACAAUGAUUUUUUCUUGGUGGUGGUUAAGAUUUUCGAUCACCAGGGUCCACUUUCAACAGCAUUUCCCAUUGAAAACCGGAAUAUCCCUGUGACCCUGAGGGCGCUGAAGAAUCAUCUUGACAGGACAAGAAGUCUUUCUUUUGUGAAGCGUAUUUCAGAUUUUCAUUUGCUGCUUUUACUGGCCAGAUUUUUAGACCUCAGCUCUGAUGUUCCUGCACUGGCAGAGUGUGCGCAGAGACAGUCAACUGUACCAGAAGGUUACCAGCUCCUAAUCGAGUCCUUGGCGGCCAGUUCGUAAUGUUAGUUCUGUGUUCUUUGAGAUCUGAUACAUCUUUUUCAUUUAGGAUGUUUAUGGCAAUGUAUUUAUGCUUGAAUUGAUCUGGUUUUCUAGUGCAAUGGAUUGCUCCAAAAGGUGGUUUUUAGCCUGCUGUCUUGAGUAUGAAAUGGCUUUAUCAUGCACUGGCAGAUUAAGUUUGUAUCAAAAUCAUAUUAUCAUAAAAUUUAUAUUAUCAA